CUCUGAAGAGAAGGGCUGAACAGACUGGUUUUUGGAAGGCAAAAUGAACAACAGCAGCUGUACUCCACCAGAUAAGGAACUAUUUGAACAUACAGUGCUGCCUAUUCUUUAUGUCAUGGUGUUUCCUGUCGGAGUGGUACUGAAUGUGUGGGGAAUGAAGUCUUUGCUGCAUAAAUGGAAGCAGCUUCGGGACAUUGAUAUCCUGGUUAUUAACCUCGGACUAGCAGACAUGUUGUAUCUGCUCACUCUCCCCUUUCUGAUAACGUACUACUUCAAAGGGAGUGUCUGGAUCUUUGGAGAAGCCUUUUGCAAGAUAACAAGGUUCUGCUUCAAAGUGAACUUAUACUGCAGCAUCGGAUUCCUGACGUGUAUAAGCGUCUACAGGUACCUGGCCAUCGUUUAUCCAAUAAAAACAUUGGGGAAAUUAACAGUGACUAACUCUGCAGUAAUCUCAGCCAUGGUAUGGAUUCUGGUGAGUGCUCAAAGUCUUCCAGACAUGUUCUUCCCCAAACAUUCAGAGAACAAUACUAACCAAUGUUAUGAUGCAACUGAUUGGUAUAAGGUUGAGGAUUACUUCUCGUACAGUCUCAGUGUGACAUUCAUUGGAUUCUGCAUCCCUUCUGGCAUCAUUCUGGGCUGCUAUGGACAUGUGACUCUUGUUGUCUGCCGCUCAAACACGAUGAAAAAGGAGGUGAAACAACGAAUCAUUAAGCUGUUGGUAUUGUUGAUUCUUCUCUUCUCGGUUUGUUUUACACCUUACCACAUAUUCAAGAACCUCAGCCUGUAUUCCAGAGUUCUGAUUCAUCAGGGUACAUGCCCCGCGUGGGAUUCGAAAUCCUUCAUAGGACGUCAGGCCAGUCGUGGCCUUGUAAGCCUGAACAGCGCUCUCAACCCGCUGGUUUACUUCAAUAUAAAUGAGGAUAUGGGUGAACAAUUCAGGCAGCUGCUGCGGGGAGGUCGACAGAUGUUCAGUCGUUUGUUUCAGUCAAAAUCCAGCUUUGUUCCUGUACCACAGACAGAACAAGAAGUUGGCAGUCCUGUCACAGAAAAUGUUUUUCUUUAUUAACCGUGUUAAAGUUUGUUUCAGUUCUGUAUGCUUUGUAUUAAUACAACAGUAUUUGGUUCAGUUUAAACCUGUUCUAGUUCUCAUGACUCAACUGAUUAAGGAUGUUAACAGGAGCUAUAUCUUGUAAAAUGUGAGUGGUGAAACCCAGUUAAAUGUGCAGACUUUUUCAUUUGAGUUCAUUAUUUCUUUCAUUUUCAGCCAACAUUUUGAUACAAUUCCUUGAAAUAGUAUUUGUCCUUGUUCAAAUUUCUUACGAUGUUUCUUUUUUGUCACAUUCAAAAAUGUACGUUUUGUAUUGUAGAACAAAUAUUUCCUGAGCAGAAACUCUGUGUUUUGUGCUCUCAGAAUCAACUUAAGAAAUUUAACAGGAUACUUUAAAUAAUCCUUUUCACAAGUACUUUUGAUACAGGUCAUGUUGGAAUCACUGUAUGCAACUUAAGAGAUAUUGCAACGCUGAAAUUUCUCUUUUACAAUUGAGCUGUGCCAAAUACCUACCUCUCCCAGACAGGUAAAAUGCAGACUGAUAAGAGAACGCAAAUAAUACAGUACAUAUCCCACAAGCUGCUGGAGGAAACUGUAGUACCAUAAAACUCCCAAAACCAGCUUACUUUAAGAAAGCAGAGAAGGGAUGGAUUUUUGGUGAAAUAGAAACACUAUACCAUUGACACUGGGUUAGGUACAAAAAAAAGA